UAAUAUUCCUCGGACCCCUACAAUUGUGCAAAGAUGUUGAAGAUCGUCUUGUUCUUUCUGUCUGUGAGUUGUUCAUUCAUGGCUGCUGCUUCAGCUGGUAAUUUCUACCGGGAUUUCGACCUAACUUGGGGAGACCAUCGAGCUAAGAUACUCGACGGAGGAAACCUCCUCACUCUUUCUCUCGACCAAAUCUCUGGCUCUGGGUUUCAGUCCAAGAGAGAAUAUCUUUUCGGCAGAAUCGACAUGCAGCUUAAGCUUGUCGCCGGCAACUCCGCCGGCACCGUCACCGCUUACUAUUUGUCUUCAGAAGGGCCGAAUCACGAUGAGAUUGAUUUUGAGUUUUUGGGGAACUUGAGUGGAGAUCCUUAUAUUGUCCAUACGAACGUUUAUACACAAGGGAAAGGGGGUAGAGAGCAACAAUUCUACCUAUGGUUCGACCCAACAAAAAACUUUCACACAUACUCAAUCCUUUGGAAUCCCCAACGUAUCAUAUUCUUGGUGGAUAACACACCCAUUAGAGUGUUCAACAACGAGGAAUCAAUUGGAGUUGGCUUCCCCAAGAAGCAACCCAUGAAGCUCUACUCGAGUCUCUGGAACGCGGACCAAUGGGCAACAAAAGGCGGGCUAAUCAAAACCGACUGGUCCAAGGCUCCAUUCACAGCCUACUACAAAAGCUUCAACGCCAAUGCCUGUGUUUGGUCUCGGGGUUCUUCAUCGUGUGCCAACUCCAAAAGUACCCAAAGACCAGAUGGCUUCGGCAUCAACAACAACAAUGGUUGGCAGACUCAAGGGCUUAAUGCACCUGGUCGAAGAAGACUGAGAUGGGUGCAGAGAUACUACAUGAUUUAUAACUAUUGCACUGAUUUGAAGCGAUUCCCUCAGGGUCGGCCAAGGGAGUGUAGGCGUUCUAGGUUUUAGACAAAUGUACAUGAUAUAUAUGUUGUGUUUAUUAUCAGUAUUAUGUAUGUUUUGCUAGCUUGGGCCUUUCUUUUGUAAUUUUUUUUCAAAGUUCAUAAAGUCUGCGUAUUCGAUCUGUUUGGGCUGUGGAGGGGCAUGACCUCCUAGUUACUACUUACUACCAUAUGUAAGGUACUUAAUAACACUUGAUAACAUUACCAUAUAAAGUGGGUUUUCUAAGGAGAGCAAUAAUUGUAAACUUUA